AUGCCACACAACAAAGACCACAGGUACUGGGCCAACCUGAAGCUCUGGUUCAAGCAGAAGAUCAGCAAGGAGGAGUUUGACCUGGAGGCGCGCAGGCUGCUCACGCAGGACAACGUCCACUCACACAACGAUUUCCUCCUGGCGAUUCUGACCCGAUGCCAGAUCUUGGUUUCUGCACCAGAAGGUGCUGGAUCUCUGCCAUGGCCAGGUGGCUCUGCCACUAAACCUGGAAAACCCAAAGGAAAGAAAAAAAUUUCUUCAGUUCGACAGAAGUUUGAUCACCGGUUCCAGCCUCAGAAUCCUCUGUCUGGAGCCCAGCAGUUUGUGGCAAAGGAUCCCCAGGAGGAUGAUGAUUUGAAGCUGUGUUCUCAUACCAUGAUGCUUCCUACACGUGGCCAGUUAGAAGGAAGGAUGAUUGUAACUGCCUAUGAGCACGGGCUGGACAAUGUCACCGAAGAGGCUGUGACAGCAGUUGUUUAUGCUGUGGAGAACCAUCUGAAGGAUAUUCUGACCUCUGUGAUUUCCAGGCGGAAGGCCUAUCGCCUGAGGGACGGCCACUUCAAGUACGCCUUUGGGAGCAACAUCAACCCUCAGCCCUACUUGAAGAACAGUGUUGUUGCUUAUAACAACUUAAUUGAGUGCCCUCCAAGCUGUGCGGCACCGCCUGCUGGUCAGAGUCUGGCCCCGCAGCCCCUGCCCGACGAUGCGGAGCAGCAGGCAGCCCUGCUCCUGGCCUGCUCUGGAGACACCUUGCCAGCUUCCCUCCCACCAGUCAACAUGUAUGACCUUUUUGAGGCGUUGCAGGUCCACAAAGAAAUUAUUCCUGCACACACUGUCUAUGCUCUAAACAUUGAGAGAAUUGUCAUGAAGCUCUGGCACCCAAAUCAUGAGGAGCUGCAGCAGGACAAAAUUCAUCGCCAGCGCCUGGCAGCAAAGGAGGGUCUUCUGCUCUGCUAGAGCUUGGCAGCCCUGCCAGGCCUUGGAUGGCCACGGUGCUGUUCCUUGGACUUGACCUUCAGAGGCUUCUUACAAACCCAUGUCAGCAUUCCAAGGAUGAUGUAAGCUAUGAGUCAACUUUUCCUAUGGAAAUAUGACUGAGGUGUGGUACACCUUCUCUGCUUCCCCAGAGUCACUUACUGUGGAGUGUUUGCUGCAAUCCCACUGAACUGGAAAUGAGAAACAAAGUAUUUGUUUGCUAAGACUAUUUUCUAGGAAAAAUAAAUGUGAGGGUGGAAAGAGCUGGUUUUAAA